UGUGUCAUAGCUCCGUAUUAUGUAGCCAGGUAUUAAUAAUAUUACAUCUCAGUUUGUUAGUGCCUCUCUGGUUUAUUGGUUUAGUUGGCUUUAUUUCGUGGUUGUUUGUGAUUUUUUUGUUUUUAUUCUAAUGUAAAUAAGUGAUCAGCAAGAUGCCUGUGUUCCACACGAAAAUUAUCGAAAGCAUUCUAGAGCCAGUCGCUCAGCAGGUGUCUCGACUGGUCAUCCUCCAUGAAGAAGCAGAAGAUGGCAACGCUAUGCCGGACUUGGCUCGUCCUGUGCAGGCCGUCUCUCUUGCCGUCAACAACCUCGUCAAGGUUGGCCACGAGACCAUAGAGUCAUCAGACGAUGCGAUCCUGCGGCACGACAUGCCGGGAGCCUUGCACCGCGUGGAGACGGCAGCCACCCUGCUGCAGCAGGCCUCUGAUAUGCUCAGAGCUGAUCCGUAUUCGGGGCCCGCUAGGAAGAAGCUGAUCGAAGGGUCCCGCGGUAUCCUGCAGGGUACAUCGGCGUUGCUCCUCUGUUUCGAUGAGUCUGAAGUCAGAAAGAUUGUCAAAGAAUGCAAGAAGGUUCUAGAUUACCUCGGAGUUGCCGAGGUGAUAGACACGAUGGAGGACUUGGUUCAGUUCCUGAGGGACAUCUCGCCGGCGCUCUCCAGGGCGGCCAGAGAGGUGGCGGCCCGCGCUUCGGAGCUGACCCAUCCCCCUCACGCCGAGAUCCUCACGCAGUGCCUGGAGAGCGUCAAGCAGCUCGCGCCCGUGCUCAUCUGCUCCAUGAAGAUAUACAUACACAUCCUCACCGAGGGCGGCAAGGGCAUGGAAGAAGCGGCCGAGAACAGGAACUACCUGGCGCAGAGGAUGGCGGAUGAGAUCCACGAGAUCAUCAGGGUUCUACAGCUGACGUCGUACGUGGAGGACGGCGGCGAGAAGGACAACAUCACCGUGCUUAAAGCUCUCCAAAGUCAGAUAUACACCAAGAUAGGCGCUGCACACGAGUUUUUGAAUGACGCGGCGGCGCUGCGCAACAGCUCCGGCGAGCGAGCCCUGCGCUCCGUGCUCACGUCGGCCCAGCGCGCCGCCGAGCACCUGCCGCCCGCGCCCGCCGACGCAGUCGCCGCACGCGUCCGGUCUGGGGGCUACAACGCGGACCAGCUGUGCGACGAGCGCCAGGCCGGUCGCGGCCGGGACCACAAGGCUUUGAAGCUAGCUGCAGAGUUGGGCACGCAACUCAACGAGCUGGAAGGAACCGUCAACGAGGGCGUGAGGGCUGUGGAGAAGCAGGGAGGGAGGACCAUGCAGGCCAGACUGGAAACGGCCCACAAAUGGCUUCUCCACCCGGCUGCGGAUGCGGUCACCAGGGUUGAAGGCCAAAAGGCGAUCAACAGCAUCGUCUCGCAAGGCCAGAGGAUCGCGGACGGGCUGCAGGGUCGCGAGAAGGCGGAGGUGCUGCAGCAGUGCGGCGAGGUGCAGCGGCUGGCGGACCGCCUGGCCGAGCUGUGCGCCGCGGGCCGGGGGGACUCCGACGAGGCCAGGGCCCUCACCAGGGAGCUGACGGACAAGCUGCACGCGCUGCGCGGCGCCACGGAGCGCGCCGUGGUCAACCGCGUGGUCGAGGAGUUCAUCGACGUCGCCGCGCCGCUGCGGCACUACAGCGACGCCGUCGCCGCGCCGCCCGGCGCGGCGGGUCGCGAGGUCGAGCUGCAGCAGCGCGCGGCCGCCCUGCGAGCGUUUAGCGGGCGCGCCGCCGCCGCCGCGCGCACCGUGGCCGCGGGCGCGGGACACCACAAGCGGCUCGCCGACCAGCUGCUGCACUACGCCGCGCAGGUGGAGAAGCUCUCGCCUCAAGUUAUCGCGGCUGGUAAAAUCCGGUUCUACAACCCGGACAGCAAGGUGGCGGAGGAACACUUCGACAACCUGAAGGGGCAGUACUCGGAGGCGGUGCUGCGGGUGCGGGAUCUGUGCGACCAGGCCGUCGACCCCCUGGACUUCGUCAGGACAGCCGGCGAGCUGAUGCAGAAGCACACGUACCUGUGCGAGGACGCCAUCCGCAACAACGACUCGCAGAAGAUGGUGGAUAACACUUCGGCUAUAGCCAGGCUGGCCAACCGCGUGCUGCUGGUGGGCGGGUCGGAGCGCGACAACACGGAGGACGGCGAGUUCGCCCGCGCGCUGGACGCCGCCCACCGCCGCCUGCAGGCCGCCAUCCCCGCCGCCGUGCGCAGGGCCAAGGGCGUGGCGCAGGCAGACCGCGCGCAGCUGCCGCACUGGAGGGCCGCCAACGCAGAGAUAAUUAAAGCAGCGAGCGAAAUGGAAUCGGCACUGGGGCAGCACUACGCUCCCCCGCCCCCGCCGCCCCCGCCCCCGGUCCCCGCGCCAGUGGAGGACAAUCUUAGCAGGCUGACGUCACGCCUGGAGGUGUCGGCGCCGCCGCGCCCCCCGCCGCCCUCAGCCGCCGCCCCGCCGCGCCCCCCGCCCCCCGCUGACACUGACGACGAGGGGGAGGACAUCUUCAGGAGACAACCGCAUCCCAGCCAACCUAUACUGGUCGCCGCCCACAACCUGCACAAGGCGGUCCGCGAGUGGUCCUCGAAGGACAACGAAAUCAUCGCGGCGGCCAAGCGGAUGGCGAUCCUCAUGGCCAGGCUCUCCGAACUGGUCCGCUCCGAUUCUAAAGGCAGCAAACGGGAGCUCAUAGCGACGGCGAAGGCGAUCGCUGAGGCUUCCGAGGAGGUGACCAGACUCGCCAAGAAGCUGGCCCUCGAGUGCACCGACAAGAGGAUCAGGACUAAUCUGCUGCAAGUGUGCGAGAGGAUCCCGACCAUCGGGACGCAGCUGAAGAUCCUCUCGACCGUGAAGGCCACCAUGCUUGGAGCACAAGGCAGCGAAGAGGACCAAGAGGCCACCGAGAUGCUGGUCGGCAACGCUCAAAACCUGAUGCAGAGUGUCAAGGAGACGGUGAAAGCAUCCGAAGGCGCAUCAAUCAAGAUCCGCACGGAGCAGGGCGGCUACCGGCUGCGCUGGGUCCGCCGGUCGCCCUGGUACCAGAUCUAACUUCGACCACAUCUGCUGCAUCAGAGAUUAGCUCGUAGUUACCCAAUCGAACAAACGAUGACAAUGCUUUGGAAUUGGUCUAAUGUGUGGACAGGGGCGGGGGUAGCAAGCCGUGACGUCACGUCUGUCCAUAGACAUCUGCCAGCUAACCACUAAGUCUUCCUGAGCCUAAGCACGGGCGGCACUAACAACUCGUGACGUCACCGUGCUCGCUUACAACAAAUAAAUGAUUGUGAACUAAAGCACUUUAGCCUUCAAACUCAAUUAUAUAUAUAUAAAUAUACAUAUCGUCUUCUCUCAUUAAAACUGUAUAAUCUCAAAACUUACUAAUUUUACAGGAGAGUGUUUUAAAGAUUUAACAUGUGAUAUUAUUAAGAUAUCAGUUACAUUGUCUGUCUUUUAAAGUAAGAUAAAAUGAUGUAUUAAUUUUGUUAAUAGUAGUCAAAUCUAAACUAAAAAGAGACUAAAACUAAACUACGCUCUGUUGACAGUAUUUAUUAAAAAAAUACUGCUGGAUACCAAAUGAUUACGGAUAUUAACUCAAUUUCGAAUAUUUUUGGAUAUUGUACACCUUCAAUGCGAAAAGACGAUAUGUAUUGUAUUAUAACUCGUAGUAUUUAUGUAGAACUUUGAAGAAAUUGUUACGAGGGUAGUUGCAAAUGAAUUUUGCAUUAAAUUUUGAGAACAGCGUCACGGCGACUAGGCUGUGACAGCCCUAUGGAGGACGUAACGCGCAGAUAAGGAAUGGAAUUAGUACAGUGUGUGUGUGGUCAAUAAUAACAAUAAUAAAAUAUAUAAAUAAUUUAUUUACUAAAUAAAUCCUGACCUAAAAUACUAUUUACAUAUUUAACAAAUUGAGAGAUUACGCAGAUGGCAUCAACAAUAUAAUGUUAACCAAUGAUCCUCACGUUAGGCACGGCCUGUAUCGUGAAAACCGAAAUACGAUUUAUUGUGUAGAUAAUCGACCUCAAAACGACAUCACUAUAAUUGAUAAUUAUUACACUAAAAAACGCGUUACAUGAUUUGACAUAUAAUAUGUAAUAGAAAAUGGUCAAUGAACCAAACGUGCCGAUGUGCGUACCGUUUGAAAUACAUUGCGUUUCAAAUACUUAGGUCGUGACGUCACCAACGUCUGUUAUCAAUGACGUAGCACAAGUUCAGGUUGAGCGUCAGCUGAAGACCAUCCACCCGCGAUCUGAUAGCUUUUAGGUACAGUGCACAUCGAUGGCACUUGUCUAGUACUCUAUAAUUAUUGUGUAAUAGCUGACCCGGCAGACUUCGUAGUGCCUCAAUCGAUAAAUAAAAGACCUAAACUUUUGUUUGAAAUAAACUUAAAACAAACAAAAGGAAUUCGUCCGACGUGGGACACAUCAAAGGAAAAACAAAAUUGUUAUGUUUAUUUAAUUCCGAGCACUUUCAUAUUUAUCUACCUUUUAAACCUUCGCUGGACUCCCACAAAUAAUUCAAGACCAAAAUUAACCAAAUCGGUCCAGCCGUUCUCGAGUUUUAGCGAGACUAACGAACAGCAAUUCAUUUAUAUAUAUAUAUAUUAAUAUAAUUCAGUUGGUUAGUAUAGUUUAGGGGUGUUGUUACUCGGAAUUUGUUCUCUGUCCAUUGCGCCGUUGCACCAAAUGUGACCAUUGCGCGGUCGCGUCCGACACGCAAUGUAUGAUUCCACUCGUUAUCUGCGCAGUCUUCACGGAGGAGGUAUUAACUCGGUGUGAUUGUCAAACGAAAGUGCCAUUGCGAAGUGCAUUAUUAUAAUAAAAUUAAAUACAUAUAUAUUUUAUUAACAAGUAGUUUUAGGGGAAAAGUUAUUUACACGCGAGCAAAUGGCGCAUUAUUUAGGGGAAACAUGAGGAGUGUUGUCGUAUGAAUCGGUUUCAUUUUGCCAAUGUUUAACUUGAUUUUUGUCUUAUGGGACUUUUCCAUUGAAAUAUCAGUAGAUUCUCACUAUUUUCACUGGGAGAAAUAUUGAAGAUGACUAAAACAACAAAGUUGUGCUAAAAGGGCCUGUAGUUAAUGGCCGUAUAUUUUUCAAACAGAGAAAAAAAUAUCAAUGAUUUCAACUUGGAGAUUUCAAAUUGUGUUUGUCGACUCUAUGGAUUAGGGGAAUAUUAACUAAAACCAUUAUUAUAAAAAAAUAGAGUUUGUUUGAAAACGAUUUUUUUAAUAAAUAUAUUCGACUUUACGGCGCUGACAACCCUGAAUGGAUUAAAAAAGAAAUGCACUGUUGAUAGAUUUAUCAAUAAAUAUUUAGACUACCUUAUUACUUUAUCGCUCUCAGAAAUGUCCAGUUUGAAGAGUGAGUCUCGACACAUAAUAAACCAUGACUAAACCUAAUGUCUGAAGUUGCAUGGUGACAUUGACGUUGUCUAUGUCACUGUUGGUUGUCAAUAGCAGUCGGCUCCCUUCUGGCCGGCUCGCAGUCUAUAUGAAGAAAAUAUUUAUAUUGAAUUAUUAUAUUAAAUUGUGAUUAUUUUAAUUUGCUUAUUAAUGCAAACUGCAAUAUGUCUUUGUAAUGCUUUUUUUUUUAAAUAUUGUUUACAUUUUUAUUUUGAAUAAAAUUAUAAUUUUCUUU